CGGGGCUGAAGAGUAAGUGGAGGAUGAAAUCGAAGGAAUGGUGAUAGACAAUGAUUGGCAAGUUGGCAGACGCAUCGUAGAAUUGGGUGUCCUGGCGGAAAAGAUGUACUGUUGUAGGUGCAAUGUUCCUUUGCACCUGCAUGAUACCAUCCAUGAAAGAACAACAGGAUUUGGCAGUUAUCUCCACAUAAUGUGCACCAACCAAGAAUGCCGAACAGUGACAGAUGUGCCAACUGGAAAAGUCGGUCCAACUGGAUCAUUCAAUAUCACUGCCAAGAUAGUUAUAGGAAUGAUACAUGCUGGCCUAGGAUAUGCACAAAUAAGAAACUUUCUGACAGAGUGUAACUUGCCAGUGAUGAGUAAAUCUUGCUUCCAAAAACAUGAGAAGAAAAUUGGAAAAAUCUUUGUGUCUGCUGCUGAAGAAUCAUGUAAGAAUGCCCAACAACUGGAAAAGGAAAUUUCUGCAGAUAAGGAGUUGGAGCUUGAGGUCAGUUUUGAUGCAGGUUGGCAGAAACGGGGAUCCGGAUUUAAUUACAAUAGCUAA